GAGACAGCGACGAGCAGGAAGGUACGUUCGAUCAUUUGCGGCUGAUUAUUUCUUUAAAAUUGAAGGUGGUUGGAGAAAGGGCUGAAAAGUGUUGAGUCAGCGGCUCUUUUUUCUCCAAAGAAGCAGCUUGAACGGUAAACCUAGCUAAUAGGUUUUCCUACGGUAAAGGUAUCGAUUUAAUUUCCUGGUGCGAUCAUGUUUCGGCGCUAACGAUUGGCUCAUUCUGUAAAGGCUUUAGAUUCUUAGCCGAUGUUAAUUAUUAUGGCGAAAUAUUUUUCUUUUUCGCUAUUUUGAAAAAAAAUUAGCUCAUAUGUCAGUGGUCUUAGGGUAUGUAUCUUUGUUGCUUUGUGGAUUUGUGGCUUUGUCUGUUCGAAUGUGUAUUGCAUGGGCCAAUGAGGUUGAAGGUACUAAAAGUUCAUAUUUUAGUGUGGCUGCUGGUUCAAGACAUGUUCAUUUAUGACGUAAUUCGGCUAUCGCGGACGGCACAACGUAGGUGAAUUAUGUUUCACCUGCUUCAAAGUGAAGUAUAAUAAAUAAUAUUUUUCAAAGGUCCACAAAUGAAACGUUAGUAAUUGACUUGAACUUGGAGGUAUGCGGCGUAAUUGUGUUUUUAGAAGUUUGAACAAGAGCUGAUUUUAUUAAAGCUGUACGGAAUAAAUUAAUUCCGUGAACAUGCUAUAUUCUUUCUCGUACAAAGUUCAACUGACCCUUAAAUUCACGCUCCGGCAACUUAAGUGCAACCAUAUCUUAUACAAGUUUGCUGUCAUAGAAGUAAUGUAUUUUGGGUAGUUUUGGGUAGUUUUGUUUUAAGAAACGCCGACUAAAUGUGUGAGAAACACCUGGGUCAGUGUUUCGUCUUGACGGCUUUGCACACGUUACCCAGCCACUCGUCUGUCUUAACAUUCCAAGCUUUAAUUUUUUUUAUGACCGUAUUUAAAAGCGAAGUUAUUAAUCAGUCUGUGUUAACAGGGUUAAAAAUAUUAAUAAUUGAUUUUUUGCGCAAUAUCAGAAAUGCAGUAAGUAUUUUAGCAGCUUACAGGCUGGUAAUUUUUUAUAUCUAUGCAGCAUGGAUACAAAUUUAGUAGCUGACUGAUGGUGAACAAUAAAAUAUCAAAUCAAACUGUUCCCCAUCACUCGGCUACUAAAUUUGCAUCCAUCCUGCAGGAUACGUGCUACUAAAUGUGUACAACGAACAAUAGCUUUCUAUCAGUACAAACUGCUCAAGCUACUCCCGUUUUCCGUGUAAUGGAGUUUUGUGAAGUAGUUAUGUUCAAACCUUGGACACAAUAUGUGUGAUCGAAAACAGGGGGUUUUCUUUCGCGCGACAUACACAACCUCCUUUAGGAUUGUAACUCCGUACUUUGCAAUGUGAGUGAGUAAAUAUUCCGCUAAGGACUCCGUCUAUUUGGUUUUUGCUAGAUCGUAACUCUCUGUGCUUUUCAUUACACCUGACCAAAUCUGUUGUAAGGGAAAUCGAGAAAACCAAACCCAGUGUUAUUGUUCUUUUUUAUCUUCUUCUUGUAGCGAGUCUCAGAUUUAGUUUAGUGUAUCUGUGUGUUCAGUUUGUAUUUUCCGCGGCAGUCCUUCAUUUCUUGGUAAGAUGAAUAAGUAGAUUAAUGGGUCUGUGGUCUUAAGGCGCUUAUAUUCUCUUCUUGCAUUUCGUUUGUGAGAACAACCCUGAACUUUGACCAGUUUUUUUCGUCCAUUGGCAAAUGAAGGCCUCUUUUUCUACAACAAUAAUGGGAUGCUAUACGUCUGAAAAUAAUUGCAGUGGUCAAUGAAGGCGCGAAAGUACUGGACAUAUGUACGACAUGAUGGGCAUGCCUCACUUAGCUUCUGAUGGCUCACCUCUAUUUGCGGAACCUAUGUUUCUCUUCGGAUGAGCGUUGUGUAACCCUUCACUGCAUGUGAACCUUCUGACUGAGUUACGUGAAUUAUGCUUUGCGUCAUUACUCCAUAGACCCCUACAAGAUAUUUUUACAUUCGCAUUGUUUUGGCUACCCAGAAUUAAUCUUUCCCUUCAAAACCUGCUUCCCUAUUGUACUAUUUCGUUUUUUUGAAACAACAGUUUACUGGAGACAAGGUUCUUAUGCGACGAAUGUUCCGUUAACCUUCAUAAUUUUUUUGCGAAGGUAAAAACACUUUUCCUAAAAUGAAAACGCUUUUUCGUCUUGUUAAAUUCAUAGGCAAUUAAAAACUGUGCAUUGUUGUGUAUCGUAAAGUAUAAGUAAAACUAUCCUCGCCUCCUCUUUAGUUCACUCUUAACAAAAUGAAAACGAAAAGCUUAAAAAAAGUGAAACUUGUAUAUUGAGGAUGUCGGUACGUUAACGAAAAUUAAUGUACAGGUAACAGUAAAAGCCAAAGCAUUAUCUUGUUAGGUUUUCGAAAACGUACCGAACAAAAAUUGCAGUCUUUUGACUGAGAAAAAGACCAAAAGCCGGCUGAAGGCAAAAUUAGCCCGAAAAUCCUCCAGGAAAAGAACAAGGAAAGAAAACAUAGAAAGAUUAAGGAGAGAAAAAGGAGAAGAAAAAAAAAAGCAAUGGUUGCACUCUUAGUUUCUAUGUUGACUUCUUUGGAGAUAGGUUUUGAGGGGAGAGCUUUAUUUUGGCUGUAACGUUAACGACUGGGAACAGGACGUCGACGGCCACGCAGAAAUUUAAACGACGUCAUUCUUAGCGAAGUCGUCUUUACAUAAGCUUCCUUUUUGUUUCCCUCCUCCUCCACCACCACCGCAUUUCUAUUUUUUUUUUUCAAACUUAACCUGUUAAUUGCCUUAAGUAAUAAGUUCAGACUUUUAAACAUUAGAAACCAAAACAAACCGUAAACAAAUUUCACUUGCUUCCUGCUAGUAUCAUGUGAAAAGCUUGAAUUUUGAAUGGACACACUAUAAGAUUUGCCCCACAGAGUCGAGAAUUAGAAGACUAUGCAUCAUGUAUUCGCGGUGCUAAAAUAUAGAGCGAGAAAAGAAUUACAAGUCGUAUUGUCUUAUUUCCGGGUUUUAAAUUAAAUAACUUAUUUUUGGAUAUUGCUAACGUCAUCUCUCACUUUCGGACCAAUGAAGUUAUACGCUGAACGCGUAAACAAUUACCCUCAUGGGCAGUCUAAACUUGAAUUUUGCCCAGAAAACCGAGGAAUGAAAUGCUGUGGAACAAAACCGCCAUACUGGAAAGGGCCUAUUACCAUAGGAUAGGCCAAAGGUUUAAUUAUUAUCUUGUUAAACUUCUUUAUGAACUUUGAAGUGACUUAAUUUCAAUUAUUAUUGAUACUGAUACUGUGCAUACUGAUACUAUGUUUAUUAUAUCAGUAAAUUCAUAGUAGAAAAUGAAAUACCACAUUUUCAAUUUGGUUAAAUGUAAUUUAAGUAAGUUAACUACCACGAGCUUUGCGGGCAAGCGGUCCACGAGCUUUGCGGUCAAGCGGUUCAUGAGCUUAGAGCUUAAGCGGCUCACAAGCUUAGCGGUAAGUGGUCCACAAGUUUAGCGGUCAAGCGGUCCACUAGCGGUCAUGCGGUCCACGAGCUUAGCGGGUAUCCAGCGGUCAAUUCCAUAAGUGCAGGCUCACAUGGUACGUGGUAGCUUUGUACACUGCUAGGAUCUGGGAGUACUUCGUUGAGCGUUUGUGCAGUGGUCGGUGGAGCGGUUCAUUUAGCGUCUUUCCCCAUCCCAUCCCUUAUUUUUCUUCCUUCCACCGUUUUAUCAGUGUCACCGAUGCCCGGAAUGGGGCCUGAUGGCUGGGUUGCGAGCAUUUGCCAGCCAUGGGGGCAGUAUUCUAUCUAGGGGCUUGGCUGGCCACAGUGGAAGUCCCUGGGUAUCCCAGGCACCCACUUCCACUUAAGUGAGGCAGUUGGUUAACUUUAAGGUUGUUAAAUUACAUAAGAAAUGGAGUGAGUACUCUGCUGGUAUAACGGCGUGGUAAAGUCAACCUGUGCGAGAUGUUUGGGGAAUACACGAGAAAAGUUUGACGUAAGUCAUGAAACAAUUCUCCUGUAAAGCACUUGGGAAUUACGUUCGGUCCGCCAAUGCUGCAACAAUGUGAGAGUUGUGUUUAAGCAACAAAUACAUAAGUUGUAAUUUCUUUAAAUAUAGCAAGUAUGUUAAACUGCUGAUCUCAUGAUGUAAUCCUCAAGGCUUUUAUGCUAAAACUUACUAGUCUCUCUAUUCGGUCAAUCAUCUUCUUACGAUAUCACUCUUUUAGCUUUAGAGCAUUCUAUCCAUUCUAAGGAUAUAACCUGCGCUAAGCUUUCUGUACUCGUUUGAAUGUGAAGGCUUACUUUACAGGAGUCAUAUCACCCAUUCAGUAAAAUUGUGACAUGCCUAAACAUAAGCCUAGAUACAAAUAUCGCGAUAUUUUUUGAGAUAUUUAGAAGUUUUUGAGAAAUUUAGAAAAUGUUGAGAAAUUUAGAAAAAAAAGUGAUAUUUAGAGCAAUUAUCACAAAAAAGAUACUUCAUAAGAACAAAAAAAACGGUUUAUAUUAAUUUCGUGUCCUUUUACGAGCCAGCGAUACUACCAAUUCAGCAGAUUUAUUCUGCAGUACAAUAAGAUGCACCAUAUACAAAGUACCUACCAAUUAAUUCGACGCCACGUGGAAUCAAUCAGUCAAUUUACAUCUUUUGCUAUUCAAAUAAUAAUGUAUAUAUUUUUUUUCAUUUCUUUAAUUGAUAUAAAGCCAAAAAUGGGUCUAAUUAACAUUAGAAAAAAAUGAUAUUUCUGAGAAAUUUAGAAGAUUUUUUAAGAAAUUUAGGAAUUUUAUGAGAAUUUCUAGAAAGAAAUUUAGAACAUUUUUUGCGAUAUUUGUAUCUAGGCCUACCUAAACAUUGUCACAUGAAUACGGCAUUACUCUGACUUUCAAUCAAAUUGUGGAGUGGCUAUUGUAACUUUUAUCCGUGGAUCCCUUACCGCUCCAUAUCGGGUCCUUUGGAAGCGAAGACAGAUUUGCAGGUGGCAUCGCUCUGAUUUUCAUGUCAAUCAAAUUGUGAAAUGGUUCUUGCAACUUUUAUCCAAAUCGGGUCCUUUGGAAGCGAAGAUUUGAAGGCGGUGUGACUCUGACUUUCAAUCAAAUUGUGAGAUGGCUAUUGUAAUUUAUAUCCCAAUGAACUGUAGAUACCAUGCACAGUCUCUAUACCAAACUUGGAAGCUUGAUGUUAGUCUGACUUUCAAUCAAUGUCACUCUCAUUUUCAAUCAGAAUGUGAAAAGGCUAUUGUACCUUUUAUUCCAGCUUUCGCUACCUUUCCUCUCCCUAUCGGGUCCUUUGGAAGCGAAGAUUUUCAAGUUGAAGCAGAAGUACGGUUUGUGACGUUGGAGGAAAAAACUGUGUUUGACAAAGUACAGAUCAGGAGCGGAGGGGUAGCAAAACAGCGAGUGCCAAAUGGAAUUGUGCAAAUGGAAGCGCGCUACGGGUUGGGAGAUAUCCUGGGGAUAAAAGUUUGGGUACUCCGGGAGCCAUCAGCGGCAAAACUUCACCAAGAUCAGAACGGACCCGUCCAACUUGACGUCAUUCAUGGAAGCCACGAUAUCGAAAAGGUACUAUAUUAAUUCUUGUUUCCUUUGCAGUAGACUUUCUGUUAAGUGUCCCCUUGCUUUCCCCAGCGGUGAAGAGACAGCAUCACCGUGGUUUUGUUUUGUCAUCCCUCAGGACUUCGUCAAUUUGACAACUACCAAACUGGCCAAACUUAAUUUACCGCGAGACGCAAGGACUACUUACAAUCUUGAAAUUAAGGGACGGGUAAACAGGACACAUAAAGCUUAGACAAGGAACACUUUUCUGAAGGGAAAAUUUAUUUUGUGAUCUCCGACUGAUUUCCUAAAACCCACAGUUAAGCGCUGCUUAUUGCGUUCUGGCAUUGCAUUUGUUUUCGAACAUGAUCACAUUUAAAUGUUUUGGCCCCGGUAAUGUUCAAGCGUUUCAUAGCCCCAUCCACCGGAUAAAUGAUUGUCCAGUAGAUACGUAUUAAAGGGAACCCAAUUGCGAUAGCACUAUUUCCUUCAUUUGAAAAUCUGUAGAGCCAAAUUUUUAUUUGUUUACUGUCCUGUGCUGUUUUGCAGUAUGAUUUCUCUGUGAACUUGGACUCCGUUUAUGAUGGCCCCAUUGCUCCAGUGUACCAAUUGGCCAAAGUGGAAAUGGAUAAGAGGAACAUUUUUCAGUUGCUAGUCGAGCUGUCAAUUCACAACGGACUUGAAGAAGAAACGCAACAGUUCUACAGCAAGCCAUUCAUGAUGAGGAGCAGACCCAGAAAUGAUCAGGCGAAUAGAAACAAGAAACGCAAACUUUCUGGUAAGUAUUAACCCAGUGUUUUCGUCUCGGUAACCUCAGGGCUAGUUUACAUGGAGGUGGGCGACCCCAGAUAGGUGAGGUAACAUAUGGCGGGUCACCCCCGUUAUCAGGUAAAUUUGAUCAAAUUAAAAUGAGAGGUUAUAACCUCUUCUACCUGGGGUGUCCCAACUCCAUGUAAACAAGCAUUAAGAGUACGGGAGUGUAUUCUAGUACGAGUGAACUGGAAAAGACACCUUAUAUAUGAGCUAGCAAUACAUUUGAAUUACAUACUAGUCUUUUCAAAACAAGAAAAACAGGGUAGCAUAGGCCCAGUUCAAACAUCGAACUUUUCAUGUACCUAACUUACAGCUAUUUUGGUCGACCCAAAUGAUGAGAGUUCGACAGUUGAUUAAGAAGUCGAACUUAAUUAGCCGGAGUAAAAAUAAAUUCUAGUAAUUUAUGCAUUAGGUUCGGCACGUAAAAGGAUCCAUGUGUAAAACAAAGUCGCUCCUCAGUGAAAAUUCCUAUUCAGAUUAGAACAAGAAAAUCGAUCAAAGGUCUUAAGAACGGAAACAAAGAAUCUAAAGUCAGUUUAUAUGCCGACGAUACCACUACUUAUAUUCACGACGACUCGUCUGCAGUAGCCCUUUUCGCUUUGCUUGACCGAUUCAGUACGCUCUCCGGUCUGAGAAUAAAUAAGUCGAAAACUGAAGGGUUGUGGCUGGGAUUGUGGAAAAACAGAUUAGGUAAGGACGAACCUUUUGGAAUCUCUUGGCCGAAGCAAUACGUCUCCUCCCUCGGCGUAGUUUUCGCUUAUGAAACGCACGUUGGCGAGAAAAUCAACUUUGAAGAGCGGCUUGUUAAAAUGAAAAAAGGUGUUAAAUCUUUGGUCAGGUCGGCGCUUGUCAAUCCUGGGGCGAAUUGCUAUUGUCAAAACAUUAGCACUGUCUAAACUUGUUUAUAAUUGCUCUGUACUUGAUACUCCGACCGAUUUUGCUAAAGAAGUUAAUAAGGUCAUUUUCCCUUUCAUAUGGAACUUUAAGCCUGAUAAAAUCAAAAGAAACACACUGACAGGCCCAAUCUCCAAAGGUGGCCUUAACAUGGUCAAUUUCUCGGACGUAGAAAAAUCUCUUAAAGCUGCCUGGGUAAAUCGCUAUUGUUCAUCGGAUGGUCAUCAUUGGUGUGCGCUUCUUGACUCUCAUCUUGAAAAAUUCGGAGGCUCUUUUUUGUUUCAGUGUAAUUACGAUUUGAAAUUCUUAGAUCUAGAAGGUCUCCCCCUCUUUUAUAGGAACAUUUUAACGGUCUGGCAGAUCCUUCAUUCCAAGGUACCCCUUAGUGUUAAUGAAAUUAAAGAGGAAAUACUUUGGAAUAACCGCUUUAUUAAGAUCGGCGGAAAGACGGUUUUUUAUAAAGCAUGGGUUAGUAAAGGCAUUUUAAGAAUCAAAGAUAUCCUCAAUGCUCAUGAUAACUUCCUAUCUUUCCAAGAGCUUAAAGAUACUUUUCACAUUCGUGGUACGUUUCUUGAUUACGGUGGUCUUCUGGCCGCGAUUCCUAAAGAUUGGAAAAAUGCUAUCUUACAUGGCAAUCAGGAACACACCAACGAACCAAAGGUGACACAACUAACCGUUGGAAAUGUUUCAUCAAAAUAUGCUCGACUAAUAUUUGCUGAGAAAUCUUUCUGCCCUCCAUUAACUGAAUCCUAUUUAAGAGAACAAACAUUCACUCCUAGUGCUGUAUAUGAGCUUCCAUUCAAAAUCACCUUUGAAAAUAAGCUAAGAAGUUUUCAGUUCAAACUCAUCCACAAUAUUCUUCCGACCAACCAACGCCUUUGGAAAAUGAAUGUUAAAUCUUCGCCAAAAUGCGAACAAUGUGAUGCUCCUUGUGAACUAUUAGCCAUAUGUUUUACGAGUGUCCUGCGAUAAAACGUUUUUGGGAAAAAGUUAUAGACUGGUGGAAUCGUAAACGUUCUGAAAACAUAAAUCCCAAUCCAACGGAAGUUCUUUAUGGAUACAAACCUGAAUCUAACGGCUUUCAUACUUUUAACCAUUAUCUCUUAAUUGCUAGAUAUUACGUUUACUUAGCUAGAAACAAGUUUGAGACCCCAGGGCUGGAGGUUUUCAUUGUUCUCCUGGAAAUUAAAAUCCAGUGCGAAAGAGAAAAUGCAAUAACAAAAGGAAAUCUUAACAAAUACAGAAAUACGUGGACCACGCUGUGCAUUUCUGAUUAGUGUUGGAUUUGUAGUAAUUUAGCAAACAUUUUUCUAUUUGUUCUGCUUGUUGUCGUUAAUCUGUUGAACCUUCGUAUUUCGCUUUAUUUUGCUUGUUUGUUUGUUUAUUUAUCUAUUUUAUUGUUUCGCCUCCUUUUUAUUUGCCGCCCAGUUAUUGUAAAGUUUAUUGUAAUGUUAUGUUAAAUGAUGUUUAAUAAAUAAAUUAUUAAAAAAAAAAAUUCCCAUGGGGGGCACCUCCAACCAAAUUCAUAGGUCAACCCAAAUUAGACGGUCAGACUUAAUUGAUUCAAGCGUUGAUCUUUUCCUGGUUGGCCAGAACCUCCAAUUUGAUAGGUUCUUGUUGGCCCGAAACUCUAUUGUUUCAGAGGUGGGGUUCAUUGUUAGUUUUGUUUGGGUUAGGGCUAUCUUUUCUAAAUUAAUCCUGUGAGCCGUUCGUAGAGCUUCCAGCCCACCCAUCUUUUUAUGUACUUAACUGAAGGAUUGAGUUCCGUACAUGAAGAGUUCGACGUUUAGCUUCAGCUUUGAUAUUCGGAGGGGACCUUAUAUGAAUGGCGUUGUACUUGUUUGCAACUCAAAAGUAGCAUUUAAGAACAACGGUGACCGACCCUAUUGGAGUAUGUUUUGACUGAACCAAACUCACGUUAGGAUAGGGAGCGAGAUGUCAUUUGAAUAGUAUUUAUGUAUUUUUUUUUAAAAUUACAGUUGUAAACGGGAUUUCAAACUAUUCAAGCUUCUCAGAUUAUAAGCUACGUUCCAUGCUGUUGUAAUAGACCUUUUUAGCUUCUACGUUUUGUUUUCUCAAUUCAGACCACUUGAUGUUCUCCAGGGAAUUCGUCUUUUCUCUUUUCAUAAAUUAUGCAUAAAUAUGAACAUGCAUAAGAAACAGUUCUCUGAGGUCUCAGAUGGGAAAACGAAACAUACAAACUAACAAGGUCUAUUUCUUAUCAAAAGGUGAAUUUAGAAUUUCCUUUGUUUUCACAUAUUUUUCUAUCUCUUGUUAUUUUAGGAGACAGCGACGAGCAGGAAGGUACGUUCGAUCAUUUGCUGCUGAUUAUUUCUUUAAAAUUGAAGGUGGUUGGAGAAAGGGCUGAAAAGUGUUGAGUCAGCGGCUCUUUUUUGUCCAAAGAAGCAGCUUGAACGGUAAACCUAGCUAAUAGGUUUUCCUACGGUAAAGGUAGCGAUUUAAUUUCCUGGUGCGAUCAUGUUUCGGCGCUAACGAUUGGCUCAUUCUGUGAAGACUUUAGAUUCUUAGCCGAUGUUAAUUAUUAUGGCGAAAUAUUUUUCUUUUUGCGCUAUUUGGAAAAAAAAUUAGCUCAUAUGUCAGUGGUCUUAGGGUAUGUAUCUUUGUUGCUUUGUGGAUUUGUCUGUUCGAAUGUGUAUUGCAUGGGCCAAUGAGGUUAAAGGUACUAAAAGUUUAUGCUUAAGAAACAACGAGAUUUUGGCAUCUAAACAUGAUAUCAAAGCGCUAAAGGUCAAACAGGCCAUUUUGGUUUUUGACAAUUUUGUCGCCUUUUAUUCCGGCUUAAGAUGUUUAGAAGCACAACAUUUAAAUAUCUUCAUGAUUCAAACGCCGAGUACAGUGAGUGCAGCUGUUUAAGGGUUCAUAUUUUAGUGUGGCUGCUGGUUCAAGACAUGUACAUUUAUGACCUAAUUCGGCUAUCGCGGACAGCACAACGUACUUGAAUUAUCUUUCACCUGCUUCAAAGUGAAGUAUAAAAAACAAGAAUCGCCGAAAGGCGAUUUUUAACUGGGCUGCAAAGGGGUUAUUUUUUCUGAGGGGAGCGGGCGGCUAUACACACUCAGGCUACCAUAAAACCUUGUCGGCAACGAUUGCAUGCAACAGAAUCUCAUGUGAGACUGAAACAUAAACUCAUUCAGAAGAUUGUACCCUUUUGAAAGACUUUCGUAACCAAAAAAAAGGGUACCAUUUUUAAGUGGGGGCUGUAUAAUAACUUUUAAAUUCCACCAUUGUGAAUAAACAUAAACAAGUUAGCCAUUAAUUCUAAACAGGAAACAAUUUGCAUUAUUUCCACGCACCCCUCCCCCAAUCCCUCUGUGCCCCAAAAAUAUACCUUGACAGUACAACGUGACUAAUUUGACGUAACCGGAAAUUCAAAAAAUUGUUGUCCUUCUGCGAGCAUAAAAUGCGACAGACUGAGCUGAUUUACACUAGACAGAAAUAUUGUAUUGUAUGAAAACCAGAAGUAUACUAAAACAGACAGUUAACUGCCCAUUGAUCCCGCCUGAUCCUGGGGCCUCACUUUAAGGAGACCGUUGCUGCGCUUUUCACAAACAUGCGAACUCUAAAGUUCAAAAGCCACCUUCACAAUUGUGCUUAUCGCUGCCGUCAAUCAUAAUUACGAUCACAAGCAACGAACCUUGAAACAGCGAAACAAACAAAAAGGAUUGAAAUCCACAAAUCACAAACCAUGACCUUUUGAACCCGUGAAGUAAAGUUUUGUUUCCUAAGAGGUCUGUUAAGAUGAUUGGCAGCAGCGAAAAACGCAAUCGUCGAUUGGGUUCUGAACUUCAGAAUUUGCAUGUUUGUGAAAAGUGCGAUCCUAAUUUGCGGUCCACAGGCUACAUGAAAACGCACUAUUUUUUCCACAAGAUGAAAAGUAUUCAGUUUUAAGAUUUUCCUCACGGUAUUUUUCUCUAACUUAAAGGAAUAAAAUCCUUUGCAUUUUGAGACCUAAAAAAGUUUAAAGAUUUCUCGCUCACAUGUUGCGUUCACCAGCACGCGCUUGAAACAAUGUAAAUAGAUGAAACGAUCGAUAACAUAUUUUUUACCUGAUACCGAUGUGAGUUAAAAAUUCGCUCCAGUUAUGUUUGUCUCACCCAAGACUAACUUUUCUUCAUGGAAGAUAACUAUGCCGCUUUAUAGCCUGCGUAGCAGGCGCUUGGAAGUAGUGGGCACAAGAAAAAACGGGCGCGCGAGAAGGAGACACGCGAGGGGAGAGGAAGCGCCUGCACGGAAGGCCCCCGAAAAUCGUUUCCCGCCCCCUCUCUAAUUACUUGGCAGCCGUUGCGUGAUCUGUCAAAAGUUUUGACAGAAAACGACUGACCUCACACAAACAAAGCGUGCCGCCAAAAAGCGUUGUGCAUUUUAUCUUCGGUCUAAUCUGUUAUAAAGAUCAGCUGGGUUAUCUGAUUAUAGAGCGAUGGAGCAAUAAACUGAUGGUUAACACACAGCUUUAAAUCGUUUUUUAACAUGGGCACAAUAAAUAGGAAAUAACAAAGUAAAAACUGGGUAUCUUUUAAAGAAUGCAUGCUGUGUAUUAUAAAAACUAAAAAUAUUGUUCUGGUCAGACACCAGCGAUCACAGUGUACGUGGAAAAUGACCAUAUUGCUUUUACUGCGCUAACUGGCAGCCGUUUUUGGAGCAGACAUGUCUUACUAAGCGGACCUAAACCUCAGAACACAAACUGUACCGACAUGCAUGUUUUCUACUGCAGUAAUGAGAAAUAAACAACAGACCUCAGGUCGCCUCCGAACGGCGAAUAAUACAAUAGUGAAAUGUUUUUUUCAAAUUCAUGCCCCUGGUAAGUGUUUCAUUUCAUCAAUCAUGUCCAAGUUUUGAUGGUAUGCGUUCCCUCGACAGCACAAGCCGCCAAGUUCUCCUGAGCAAAGAAUAUUUCCUCUGAUCUUCAUUGCAACGAUUCGACAAAUCUUUUGUCUCUUGCCACUUCUGUCGAUGUCAAUUCUUUCCAUCGUGACUACCGUUUGAACACUCCAACUUUUCUUUGAGAUUACAACCACAUAGUCCCAUUAAACCAGAUUGAAGUGACCUCCGAGACCUGAACUUCGAUUGUAUACAAUUUAGUGGUUUCAGGACCCAGUGGUGUAAUGCAAGAUCUUCACUACGUUGUCCAUGUACUAUUGAUUGACAGUUUUCUCGCCCCGCGCGGUUAAUUUUUCCCUCGGGAGCCUCUCGACCAAUUGGAAAUAUCCGCACUCACAGAGUGCGAGUUGAAACGAUUUUCGGGGGCCUUCCGUGCAGGCGCUCCCUCACCCCUUGCGUGUCUCCCUCGCGCGCGCCCGUUCUCUCUUUCGCCCGCUACUUCCAAGCGCCUGCUACGCAGGCUUGCCGCUUUAUAACUCUUCCGAAGUUUUUGUGUCAGCUAAACAAUAUGGAAACACUAUUCACAGUGACUCCUUGAAUAUUAAAAAGACUGAACGUGACGCAGUAUUAUGCCUUUGUUUACUUCUGAUCACAUCUUCAAGCGAAGUCUCCCUUUUCAAGCGAUUCAUCUCAAUGCACAAUAAUUGACCCUUAUAUUAGUUAAAAUCCUAUGGUUCAUUUAUAUUAAUGCUGUUUUUGCCCCUCACAUUGACUGUGUUCGUUCGUAUUCAAAACACCUUUACGAAAAUAAAGGUCGUAUAUUAAAGUCAUGUGUGUUAUGUUUCGAGAUAAAUGGAUUAUACGCUUUUUUAAGUUUCCAUUUUGCGGUGACUUCAGUUUACAUGUCCAUAAAAUGGUAAAAGAAAUAUCAAGAAACAUCACGAGAGCUGAAAAUUUUCAAAGGCAUGUUUCUGAAACUCGCUAAUGCUGACAUCAAUAUAGCGUGCUUGCUGAAUGGGUGAAAACACAGAAUUGUGAUCACAAGAUCUUGUACAAAUUUAAUGACAAAAGCUUAGCAAGAUACAGAUACAAACAAAAGCAAACCCCCUGAAACCUCGACAUAGGCGUACGGGAAAUUUUUGCCAGGGGGGGGGGGCGGUAAACGAUUUGCCCAAAAAAUUUUCGCAAGUUACCCAAAUUUUAAAGAAACGUAGAGUCGACAAGAAAAGAGGGCCAUACGAUGCAACAACAUAGGCCGUAGUGACAUAUGACGGUGGCUCGACACUGUAACAGUUUUUAACGCUCAAUACCUCCCAAUUCUGAGAAUAACUACGUCGCCAUAGACAAACAUUUGGAAAAACUGCCACCACAGUUUUAUUAGAUAAAGACGAAAAUUUGUCAUGAUCAGGAAUACAAUGACAUCGGAGUUGUCAUAGCAACGAAAUGACGCCAUUGCAUAUUUUACUUGCAGCAAUAUUUCUCGGCACUGGGAACUGUUCUUACAAAAUCGUUCAUGGAAGCUUUUUGCUCAAAUAGUCGCCUCGAUGUUCGUGAAGUUAAAACGGAAACUGUGAGAGUGUUAUUGCGAUAUUUUGGGAUGAAGUUUUAUCGUUAGAAAUAUGGUAAAAAUGGAAAAUCUUGAUGUUUGGCCGUUAUCGAACUGAGAACUAGUCAGGGCAAAUAAAGAUCCUUAAGUCCAGUAUCAGCCACUUCUUCAUUUUCAGACCCAUUGCUGAUGCUAUCUGCCAUACACUGUUCUACGAGCGGAGAUGAUUCUAGAAAGAUAUGCGGAAGAUUAUUCUAAUCAAUAAACGACUGGAAAGAGCCCAUUCCAGUUAGUGUAGUGCAGUACAGUGCUCAACAAUAAAAAGCUAUAAAAUAACAUGUAAAUCAACAUAUGAUACCCUUCCCUAAUAAACAGAAACUCAUCAUGUGCUAGGCAACCAAUGUCUCGAGAGAAUGUAACUGGAUUACUACACCGACUUCAGGAUUUUUUUCAGAUUAAAACAGAAAAUAUUUAUCUCUUCAAAAUAAUAAUAAAAAAACAUGGAAACGUCUUUAAAACCUGGCUUUGCCCAAAUUUUCUCUUGCUGCCCAAAAAAUCCGAGUUGCCCAAAAUUUGGGGGGACUGCAGCCCCCCUCGCCCCCCCGCCCCGUAAGCCUAUGUAACCUUGACGUGGGCUACACUUGUAUGCUCUACUCAGUCACCAAACCUUGCCAGUAAUAGCUCCUAUUUUCCUCAAGUCGCUCUCUGUGAAGCUCCCGGAUGGGAUGUCCCGGAGAAGCUUUAAACUUGUGUGCGAAAUUCUCAAAGUUCCUAUUUUUGUCCGUGUCUUCUUUAUCCUCAGUAUCCGAAAUUUAGAUCUCCAAAGUGGCGUGUGUUGCAUUAAAUAGAAGGAAAUAUUUAAAGGAAAAGCCAGUCUUCUAACAUGGCAAAGUUGUCACGUCCCUCGCUUAUGGACGUGCGUCACAUCAGGAUUCAUCUGCCAUUCAUCGGCAACUGAGUUGUUCGCUUCACUGACUAUGACGGCUUACAAUCAAGUCUUCAGCCAUAGUGUCGUCAACUGGUGAAAUACUUUGCUCAUAAAUUGUGCUUCUUAAUUGCUCAUGUACUACAUCGAUCGAUAGUUCACGAAGCAGCCACGGCGUUCCAAACCUGACGCUCACAGUCAUCUUUUGAGUCUUUUACUGUGAACCUACCGUGAACGGCGUGUCGGUUUGAAUGCAACGCGAGCAUUUCUCUGAGUUUCCCAGCGCCAACAUCAUCUAACUGACUUAAACUCGACCAAUAAAAAAAUGAUAGAGUUACUCUCAUGGUCGAAUCGCUUCGAACAACGCAAAUAGCCUUCUUCAGGUUCGCAACGCCUUGUGGGUUUUUCAGGGGGAGCGCAGACAAGGUACAAAAAGUAUCCGUGCAAGACUCCGUGCAAGAGAAACUCAUAUGAAACCAUUUGUGAGAACAUCGUUUCUCGGUACCAGACCCUCGUGUCUUCCCUCCCCCCGGGAGACCACUUUUUGACACCGACGACCGAAAGCCCAUUUUAUGACUGGGCCACACAGGCAGCCCAGUAAUAAUAUUUUUCAAAGGUCCACAAAUGAAAUGUUAGUAAUUGACUUGAACUUGGAGGUAUGCAGCGCAAUUGUGUUUUUAGAAGUUUGAACGACAGCUGAUUUUAUUAAAGCUGUACCGAAUAAAUUAAUUCCGUGAACAUGCCUUAUUCUUUCUCGUACAAAGUUCAACUGACCCUUAAAUUCACGCUCCGGCAACUUGAGUGCAACCAUAUCUUAUACAGGUUUGCUGUCAUAGAAAUAAUGUAUUUUGGGUAGUUUUGUUUUAAGAAACGCCGACUAAAUGUGUGAGAAACACCUGGGUCAGUGUUUCGUCUUGACGGCUUUGCACAGGUUACCCAGCCACUCGUCUGUCUUAACAUUCCAAGCUUUAUGAUCGUACUUAAAAGCGAAGUUAUUAGUCAGUCUGUGUUAACAGGGUUAAAAAUAUUAAUAAUUGAUUUUUUGCGCAAUAUCAGAAAUGCAGUAAGUAUUUUACCAGCUUACAGGCUGAUAAUUUCUUAUAUCUAUGCAGCAUGGAUACAAAUUUAGUAGCUGACUGAUGGUGAACAAGAAAAUAUCAAAUCAAACUGUUCCCCAUCACUCAGCUACUAAAUUUGCAUCCAUCCUGCAGGAUACGUGCGACUAAAUGUGUACAACGAACAAUAGCUUUCUAUCAGUACAAACUGCUCAAGCUACUCCCGUUUUCCGUGUAAUGGAGUUUUGUGAAGUAGUUAUGUUCAAACCUUGGACACAAUAUGUGUGAUCGAAAACAGGGGGUUUUUUUUCUCGCGACAUACACAACCUCCUUUAGGAUUGUGACUCCGUACUUUGCAAUGUGAGUGAAUAAAUAUUCUGCUAAGGACUCCGUCUAUUUGGUUUUUGCUAGAUCGUAACUCUCUGUGCUUUUCAUUACACCUGAGCGAAUCUGUUGUAAGGGAAAUCCAGAAAACCAGACCCAGUGUGAUUGUUAUUUUUUAUCUUCUUCUUGUAGCGAGUCUCAGAUUUAGUUUAGUGUAUCUGUGUGUUCAGUUUGUAUUUUCUGCGGCAGUCCUUCAUUUCUUGGUAAGAUGAAUAAGUAGAUUAAUGGCUCUGUGGUCUUAAGGCGUUUAUAUUCCCUUCUUGCAUUUCUUUUGUGAGAACAACCCUGAACUUUGACCAGUUUUUUUCGUCCAUUGGCAAAUGAAGGCCUCUUUUUCUACAACGAUAAUGGGAUGCUAUACGUCUGAAAAUAAUUGCAGUGGUCAAUGAAGGCGCGAAAGUACUGGACAUAUGUACGACAUACUGGGCUUGCCUGACUUAGUUUCUGAUGGCUCACCUCUAUUUGCGGAACCUAUGUUUCUUUUCGGAUGAGCGUUGCGUAACACGUCAGUGCAUGUAAACCUUCUGACUGGGUUGCGUGAAUUAUGCUCUGCGUCAUUACUCCAUAGACCCCUACAAGAUAUUUUUACAUUGGCAUUGUUUUGGCUACCCUGAAUUAAUCUUUCCCUUCAAAACCUGCUUCCUUAUUGCUAUUACUAUUUCGUUUUUUUGAAACAACAGUUUACUUGAGCCAAGGUUAGUUAUGCGAUGAAUGUUCCGUUAAUCUUCAUAAUUUUUUUUGCGAAGGUAAAAAAAAGAAACACUUCAUUUUUAUCACCGAAAACUGGGAAGCAGUUAUUCUUUCUUCUCUCCCUUUUCCAUUAAAGUAACAAACACAGUUUGUGCAUUUUUUGUUUAAACGUAUAAUGUCAACUAACGUGGGAACCCUGUGUUUAAAGCUCAAAAUUUUAACGCUUAAUUUUGACAUGUUCCACCGAACGGAUUUUGGCGGAUUUUUAGUAUGUUGCUAGAUUGGCCAUCCUUAAUUAGAUGGCGUUAAAAACAAUUCUGUGGCAAUUACAGUCGAACCUGUAUAUAACGGCCCUGUGUUAAGCAGCCACUCUCUAUAAAGCGGCCAGUUUUCAAAGUCCUGAUUUUUCGCUCACACAAACGCUGUGUUUGUUACCUGUAUUAGGCGGCCACCUGUAUUUACCGGCGGCGGCCACCCUGUAGCAGUCCUAUGUUUGUCUUUCUUUAACAUAUAGAUUCAGCCAGGGCUAAAAGCGAGGCUCCCAUUAAUAUAUUUAUAAUUUAAAUCAAACAAUAAACUUGUAUUCCACAAUUCAGUUAACUUUAGAGCACAUAGCACAUUCAUGUGACUUUUGAGGGAAAGGCUUUUAGUGAAGAAUAAUUUGCAAACAGCCCAAUAGUGAACAAAUUCUUACAUCGAGUUGAUAGCCUCAUAUGUACACUCAGAAAAUAGCAAUCUCUUUCGAUCGCACUAGUUUAAGAGCCAUAAUGGCUCUUGAUCACCGUAGAUUAAUCAGACCUGGAAAAAAAAUUGGGCCGAUUUUUUUGCGUUCGAGAAAAUCUUGCCAACAAACCUGGGUGCGUGUAAACCAACCUUUCAUACCAUUUAUACAUCACAUCUUAAGUGAAACAGUACUAUGAGGUACUGUUUAUAUCAUACAGACCUCGGACAGAAUGCAGUAUUUCACAAUUUUGCAAUACAAAUUGCACUCAUUCAAUAUUCAGGACGAUCGAAGCACGCGUGGGCUUAAAGGGAACCUCCACUUUUACUACAGAAUAAGUUUAAAUCGAAUAAAAUUAUGUUGAUAAACAAAUUUGUUCGAAAUUUGUCCUUAAAAAAAGUGUUUAUAUCAGGAAAAGUGAAUUUUAAAAUCGCUUAUUUUCACUUUCAAAUUUCGCGGGCGCCGCCAUCUUGAAUAAUUGUGACGUGUUACGGUUGCUCUAUUGUUCUGACACAAAGAGCUUUUGUUUAAUAACAAUAGGGCAACCGUAACACUUCACAAUUAUUCAAGAUGGCGACGCCCGCAAAAUUUGAAAACAAAAAUAGGCGAAUCUAAAAGUUAUUUCUUUCGGAUACAAACGCUUUCUUUAAAAAUAUUUUAGAUUGUCUUGACUGUAACAGUUAUUUCCUGUGAUUUAAAGUUAUCUUUUUGUUGAAGUGGAGGUUCCCUUUAAACCUUUAAAAAAAUUUUUAAUUGCAGUGUUUAAACGAACAUACUAGAGUUAAGCUCCAACAUAAUAAAGAAUUUAUUAUGUUUAUUUUCUAUUUAAUUAUGGUUUUAUCGAUGUGUAAUCUUUUAAUAAAAGCGUUUGAUACGGGCGUCAUUUUGAGUACUCCUGCAAGCGAUGUUCACUGAACGACUUAAAACAAACGGCACAGCGAUUAAAAUUACAAGAGAGACUACCAACAAUCAAUAAAAGAAAUAUAAUUCGGUGAAACAUAUACAGAGACAACAUUUUUCUUUCACGAAGACAAGUAUUAAAGUGUCUCUAAAAAUCUUGAGUCUUGAAGCUUAAAGCUUAAAGCUUAAGUUUAUGUUUUAAGCCGGCUUUCCAGUUUUUACUUUUUUGAAAGAUAAAGUCGAGGCAAGAAAAUCUCUCAAAGCUUUCUUUUACAGCGAGAAUUAUAACUAAAUGUUCUUUGGAAUGUUUUCUUUCUACUUGCGGUGAGAAAAUGUCUAAAGGCUUUUUAAAGUUCUGUAAGCUUAUAUCAAACCUGAUUCUCGGUCAGAUCAAAUUGUCUCAAAUCUUACAAACGUGCAUAAACUAAAUAGCAGCAUAAACUACGCUCGACUUCGUUAAAUUAGAUAUAAAAAACAAACAUCAAAUACAAUAAUUACUCAGGCUUACCAUUCGAGAUGCAGCCCCUGAGAGGUAUCAAAUAAGGCCAGUAUCGCUUGAGACUUUUCAACCCUUGCGCAUCAAGCAAGGUGAAAAACGAAAACGAUGCCAUCCGAAAUCGGAUUUCCGACCUUGACAAGUGAUGUAUUUCUCAUCCAAAAACUAACUAGCCAUGAACAACAAAAGACUCUUGAUAGCAGCUGAAUUUCAUUUUGUGCAUCCAGUGGAAAAAGACAAUUAAAAACAUCACACGUUGACACAAAACUCUGUCAGCUUGAGCUGUCAAAGUAAACAAGAUUCAAGAUGUUGCAUAAAUUUUCCGCAUGAACUCACCUGUCAAAUUUUGACCAAUCAGAGCAUAAAGAUUGGAAGUACAGCGUGACCAACGCGUAACCAUAGUGAGCAAAGUCAAAAGCAACUGUCUUCCCUGCCUGUAAUAGGUGGCUGAAUUUUCGCGUCCGAAGUCUGUUUGACAUCAAAAUCUUAAUUGUGCAGCACAUAAACAGAACAUAUUUCACAUGACUUUUAAAAAAAUAAACUUGAGCCUGCGAUCAUUUGAAAACUAGUAACUUGUAAGCGGAUAACUUCAAAAAAAUACUUGACUUCGAUAGGUCGACACCUGAGCCCGCGAUACGCUCAAGUGAUACUGGUCAGCGGAUACCCUGUUUUGACAGCUGUCAAUUGAUCACAACAUGGAUUCGAAUAUGUGUGCAUUAUCAGCUGUGCUCCCAAACUAGCUAAAAAGUAUGAGAUUGAACAUUGAUCGCGAUCUAGUAAAACAAUUAGCUGGUCAGCGGACAGCUUCAAAAUAAAUCACGUCACCUCGAUGAGUUGACACAUGAGCCCGGGGUAUGGUCAUGUGAUACUGGUCAGUGGCUAUCCUGUUUUGACAGCUGUCAAUUGACCAUAUUGUGAAUGUCCAAUAUAAAAGAUGUGGAUUUGCCAAGACACGCCUGAGACACCCUUCCCUUCCGAGGAUUCCUGAAGGGAUACAAUAAUACUUUGAAGAAAAAUGAGUCUCUUGUUCUUUCUUUUGUUUUUCAACACUCGAUGCUGGCACUAGUGGCAUUCACAAGUUUCUUGGCUUUUUAAUUUUGUUAGUUUUUCAAAGUUGCAUUUCUAAGUAGUUAUUCGUAGUAAAUGCUAGAAACAGUCUACAGAGCCUAGCAUUGUCGAACGAUUUAGAGUCAGAAGUAGAACCGUUUAUUGCUCAAACUAAAGCAGCCCCACUGGCGGUACAGCAAUUGAGCUUUCGGAAAACAGUUUUGAAUCUUCAUUUUCGGGUGCAUACAACAAGCAAGUAGUUGACAAUUUCAAUUUUUGCACCGAGGAUUUUUCGACCGACCUGUUUACAGAUAAAGAAGAUUCCAGGAGAGGGGUCACUGCUGUGACAAAGUAAUCCAGUCGAGGAAUAAAGCAAGAAUACCUCAAAACACAAAGAGGUCAACUACAUGGAGUACACGAGCUUGGGAUGCACUGGGUUAAAGAACGGAAUGCCUUACCAUGACAGCGAAACUUUAGUGGUGGCUCCAAAACGUGGAAUUUUAAAGACGCUGUUCAAUUUCUUUCUGACGGUGGAAGUCGAUGACUGGAACCACCAACUAAGAAAAUCCACGGAAUGUGGCGCAAAAGAAUCGCAGCUCAAUUUAAUUUUAGUAAUUGUAGCGUCGUGUUUAAUAUUUCCAAUAAACAUCUGUAAAUUUGUUCUUCACAAAACUAAUUAAAAGGCGAGGGGAUUAUGUAUUAAUAUGCAGGGGGGUAAGUGACUUAUCCCCCUUCAUAUUAAUACAUAAUCCUCUCUAUUUUAAUUACCUGUUCAUUAGCCCCGCUCUUCCCUUCAAACAAUCAAAUCAGCACCCAGCUUUUCAGACAAUUGAGUCGGGGGUUAUGUAAUACAUUCCCCCGAGAAGAACAAAGGAAUCCGAGCUCAAGUAAAAAUAAGUUUCAAGUUGGCACUGAGCAUUGUUUAAGGUAUUGAUCGCUUUGACCAAUUGCUUCUUUGCAUGAAGUGUUUUUGUAUGAUACGCCUUUAAAAUUGACAUUAGACUACGCCCAGUGAGUAUUUUUAGUGAUCCUGUAUUAAGUGGCCAGAGGCCCGUUUCUCGAAAGUCCCGGUAACUUUACGGGCCCGAAAUCAAAUAUUCAAAUCCAAAAAUAAAGAAUAAGGGUGGGGGUCCUGGCUAGCAAACUACUCCAUUUUGUUUCAUUAACUGAUAGUUUUAUCAUGCUAGAUGCAAAACUAUUGAAACCUCAAUCUUUAAUGUAAACGGAGACAGCUUACCGCUUUCGAGAAACGGACCCCAGUUCCACAAGUCCCUAGGGUGGCCGUUAUAUACAGUUUCUACUGUAGUUUGAUGUUGAGCCUCGAAAAUUCCUAGACUGACUGGACUAUACCCGGGGUUUGAACCUAAAACUAUCAGCUUUUUGUUAAUAGCUUAUUCUCACCAUGUAAGGACAGGUUUACUUGUACUACUGCGUAAUGCUUCAAAAUAAAUUGGCUACCGUAGACUUCUCUUUGUCAACUAACUUUGUCAAAUUAAUCGCAACACUAUACAUAAAGUUUCUUUGGAGCUAACCUCGGCCUAUUGUCUAUCUUUAAAUACAGAAAUCGUCUCCUCUCUAGUGACUGCCGGGCAAAGUUUGCAAAGGACGGACACAUGCAUACACACAAGUCACCCGACGCAGCGAAUGAUCAACGUAAUUUCUAGUACGGGCGGUGUUGUCACUGAGAAGAAUAUCAAACUGGUUUUCCCUCCUGGAGCAGUAGAAAAUCCUGUGUCUGUAAGCAUUUCGUUAGAGGAUCCUUCCAGAUACUAUGGCCUUAUUGUUCAAAAUAGUCUUCAAAAUGACGUCAUGUUUGGUGCACCCGUCAUUCGCCUUCAACCUGACGGUCUCUUGUUCAAGAAACCUGUCACACUGAUCGUGAAAUUUGAAAUAGGAAAUUUUACUUGCAGUGAUGUUGUUAUUUUGAAUGGAAGGGAGGAACGUAGUAGAAUGAUCACCUGGGAAGAUGUCACUCCUAACUCGGUGGCCACGACGCUUGAUAAGUCAAAUGCUGAAGUGCACAUUAAAAUGGAACAUUUCUCACUCAUUGCCAUUUUGUUAACUGUGGUAAGAUUCACUCAGGUUCGCUUGCUGACUAGGUUUAACUUAAUGUCAUUCCACUACACCUUAUCAGUGUGGCUUAACGACAACUCCGUGUAUCCAAAAAGCGACGAGCUUGCCUUGUUGUUCGUGAGCCAAGAUGUCUACCAUGAACAGUUCUAUGAGAAGCAAGAGGUUUCCGCUAUGAUAGAACUGAAAAAUAAAGGAUUUAGAAAACUACAUGUACGUCCUAUGAAUGAUCAAGAAGAAACUGGCAUCUUUAACAAUGAGCGCCUUCAUAUAUCAAUCUACCUAGGAGAGGACUACAAUCUGGCUGGCAGACAGCAUGAAAUUACCAGCGAUUUCCAGGUGGAUUCGUAUGUUUGGUGGAGCAUGGGCUAUGUCGUUCCAAUUCCACUGGAAAGAAGUAUGAAAGAUGUUAGGAUUGCUUGUGGUACAAUCACUGUUAAAGGAGCGUUUGGCCACAUUAGUGAGAGGAAAUUCUGCGAAGUUGGUGGGUUAAACGGGAUUACUUUUCUCCCUAUUUUCUACGUUACUUCGUCCUCCGAAAGAACGUUUUUUAGGAUAUAGGGCCAUGCAUCCUUACCCUCUGUAGUGCAUGUUCAGAAAUCGGGCGUUCUCGCGCUCCUAAAUUGCCCCUCCCCAAUUCUUCCUUACCUAUCAAACGCCUGCCAAGCAGUGCCGGGGUCUCAAGUAACACCAUGUGGCAGGGUCAACUCUGAUAUGUGAAUUUCACCAAAGUUAUUUUUAGACCAAUAAAACCCUUGAAAUUGACCGGAAUUUGGUUUCUGGAGAUGUCCACAAACUUUUCUUCGGUGGUGUCAGGAAAGAAUAACGGGAUAUGAAUUUUUGGAGUCUUGCCAUUACAAUAGCUCCAUUCUUUGCUUUGAGGCGGUUGCACUUGGACUUGCUGCUCAAAAAACCGAUUAAAAUGUGCGAACGUCCCAGGAAUUAGACUUCCGUUUCAUUUCAACCUCUAAAAAAUAUAUAGGUUUAGCCAGGGUUAAAAGCGAGGCUCCCAUUAAUAAAUUUCCCUGCGUGUAGCAGCUGGCUGAAUUUUCGCGUCCGAGGUCAGUUUGAAAUCAAAAUUUUAAUUGUGCGGCCCAUAAACACAACAUAUUUCAUAUGAAUUUCAAAAAAAAAUUAAACUUGAGCCUGCGAUCAUUUGAAAACCAGUACCUUGUCAGCGGAUAACUUCAAAAAAACACUUGAUCUCGAUGGGUCGACACCUGAGCCCGCGAUACAGUCAAUUGAUACUGGUCAGCGGAUACCUUGUUUUGACAGCUCUCAAAGGAUCACAACAUUGACGUGUAUCAGUUUUCCUGUGCUCCGAUCCCAAACUAGCUAGAAAGUAUGACACUGAACAUUGAUCGCGAUCUAGAAAAAUAAUUAACUGGUCAGCGGACAGCUUCCAAAUAAAUCACGUCACCUCAAUGAGUUGACACAUGAGCCUGCGAUAUGGUCAUGGGAUACUGGUCAGUGGCUGUCCUGUUUUGACAGCUGUCAAUUGACCAUAUUAUGAAUGUCCAAUGUAAAAGAUGUGGACUUGGCAAGACACGCCUGAGACACCCCUCCCUUCCUUUUGAUAGUCUCCCCUACCCCACCCGUACAAUCCGUAGACGCGUACGUACGCUCGGUCAAUCACGUGACAACCAAAGGAAAAGAGGUUGACCAUAAUCUAUGGGUAUGGGGCUCUGUCCCACGCGCGCUUCGCACGCGUGGGAGCCCCGCUAUAACUUCAGGGAAAUUCACAUGUCCUGGCCAACGCUUUAAGAUUCCUCUCUGUCCCAUUGUUCUCUCUUGUUUUACAUGUAAUAGAUAAAUAUGGGUAAUUCGGAUGACUCGUUUCCGUUGCUGUUGUCUAACGAGUAUAAAUGAAAUUCUCGCAGAUCUUUGCGGCUACGUAAGAAACCUUUUAAAGGUUCAUGGAGAAAUUUUUAACACUGUGCCGAUUGCACGCGUGCUUGAGAUGCCAGAGGAGCUGAUCAACCAAGUUGUGAUGUCUCGGACGGGGGAUGACGAGCAACUGAACAUAAUAUUGCAAGAAAGGUUGAGGGAGAACUAUAUGGCAGAAGACCUAACUUCACUCAGUAAAGACCUCGAGUGCUGGAGAAAGACAAAGCAAGGUUAGUCUUUAUAAUAGUGGAGCUCGCGCGCGCGAAGCGCGCCAGCGGAGCACCAUGGGUAAGAAAAUGAAGUAAUCUACCCAUCCGGGAAAAUUUGGAAAUCACGUGACCGUACACCGACCACCCGCCCGCCCGAGAGACCGUUCGUCUGCACCACAGGCAUACCAGCGUAAAAUAACUCAAUCAACAGGUAUGGCAACCCAAAUGCAACUCGAGGUUAUUUUGGCGUGAAAUCGCAUAGCCACGGGCGUCUUGUAAAGCAGACACAACAAAAGAAUCAAUAAAGACGAAAACGGAAAGCGGAAAUUGUUUCUGUGUCCAGUUGUCUAAAGUAUUAAGCUUAGAUAAAUUGUCAUGUCCACAAAUUUGGAAUAUAGAGCAAGAGAAAGACAGAGAAAAAGAGAAAGUGGGCGGCAGACCAGCAAACCUCAACGAGAAAAAAGGCGACAGGGAUUUAGAGCGAGAGAUAAAAAACCGAAGGAGACAUUUUCUUUGGUUGGAAGAACAACAUGAAAAUGUUGUAGCGGUGGUGACAAAAUGAGAAAUGCUAGCGGCCACUAAUACAAGGUGAAAAUGAGCGGCAGUGAAAAAAGGUGAACGGGAACGCGUACGACAUUUCCUCCAUAAAACGUGUAACUAAGAAGUUUCUGGAAGUUUCACGUUGUAGGCGUGCAAAACAGCGGCAAAGAAAUGUACAAAAAAGUGUGCUGCACGUGCGAAGCUGCUUUUGCUAAUUAGACCUAUUGUUGUUUUCCGGCGUUGCAUGCCUUCGCCGCAUAGCAUUACACGAUUUUAUAUUUUGUUUGAACAAACUAUAAAUAUUAUCGAGAGCUUCGCUUUUAGCCCUGGCUAAAUCUAUAUAUUAACGCUUAAUCCUAUAUAAAUGGAUUUUGUGAGGUGGCUGCAGUUUGGUGGGGACGUGUAUGGUUUCUUCACGAUCGCCAUCACGUUUACCCAACGACCUACGUAGUGGUCGCAUUGAAAAUGAUCCAUUCAAUUUCGUAAUGUCAAUGGGAAGUAAAACAUCCGUAUAAGAAAAAGACUUUUGCAAGGCUCUGUGGGCAGGGUGACUAAGGAAAGGCUAGAUUCUCUUUCCCUCUUACCCUUCAACACCUCCUCGUCUGCGAGUCCAAGGAGCGUUCUGGUAGGCUGUUUUAAUCCCUGAGGGAAGGAGGAGGUACUCCGAAUUUCGAGUGAGAGAGGUGAUCAAAAGAUUUUGAGAGGGCUUAAAUUCUUAAUUCCGGCGCUUAGUGUGCCCUCAUAUCCCGGUCACCUAUUUAUGCGAACAUGAUACAACCAAACCUGAUUUUAAUAAUGAUGUAACCUAUUAUAGAAUGGUUCCCAGAGUUAACCAAACAACACUUGAAUUCAAUAAAUUUCCCAAUCGUCAUGCUUAUCGCCCGAAUUUAUUGUCACUGCAACCUGCUUUUGACCACUUUUUUAGAGAAGAUAAGCUGACUUCAGAUAGUGUGGAAACUUGCCUUAUGCUCUUGCCUUGCAAUGAAUUAAAAGGUAGGCACGUUCCACACGCAUCCGUUUUUAUUUGCAAACGGACGUUUAUUUUCUCUGUUUUCUGAAAAGUCCGCGUCUGCACGGUGCGUUUUCUAAUCAUUUUUGCCCGUCGACACGAAAAAGUGAAAGUUACUGAAAACGGUACCAUCUUUGGUGGGAGCAUACACAUUUACUGGUAUCUGCGUUCGUGACGUCAUCGUUUUCAAAACCUCCGUCUUCCAUUUGCACUGGUAAAGCAAAGCGGCGUUCUUAAAAAGAUGCGUUUACAGAGGACGGGCUUUUCAUGAAAAGACAAACUGCAAAACUGUGAGACAUAAAAGCAUCGCUGUACCCUUUUGAAAAUUGACUUUGUGAUUCCAUUUCUUUUUUUUUUACUAUUACUAGGUUCAACUUACAACGUAACACAUCGGGGCCAGAUGCAUGUCAGACACUUGAGAGAAUAUGCAGCUAAGAUCUCGGGCUUGCAACGAACAGAUGCCAACUUAAUGAAGUAUUUUGCCUGUCAGAUCCAAUCUCUUUGCAACACACUGUUAAGGGACUGUUGCAUUGAGUUGGAAACUUCUGCGGAAGGUGUUGAAAGAGCGGCUUCAUCCAGCAGCUAUGUACACUACAUGGAAAUUCAUCGCCCUGUGCCUGAAGACAUUAAAGAGAGACAUCCAGAGAUAUUCUCUUCACCAAAAGAGUCUACCAAAGCUUUUGUGGCCGUUGUUCCUUACCUCAUUCAAAUCACCAAAGAAAUAUUCGUUGAGGAGGAGGUUUCAAAAGUACAAAAUGGCUUAAGGGGACUACCUAAAGAAACAAUAGAGCAGUUUGAUUUAAGUAUUCGAAAUGCUGAGAGAAACAACAAAGUCGGGCAGCUUGUUUAUGACGUAAGCAGAAUUUUGGAGCUGUUGUGUCUGCAAAAUUGUGACCUGCCAUCAAUAGAAAUAAAGAAGUGGGGUGAAAACUUGGCAGUUCUCCACAUGCUGGAGGUACUAAAGCCCUUUUACAAAUACUGCAAGCAAGAUGUGAGGUUAUACAAGAGAUUAGAACUCUUUUCUGGACGCCUACGAGACAUCGUGUCCGAGCGAGUUGACACAACCGAUGGAGUCGUCUUACGAGAUUUUUGCAACGUUUCACUGAGUCUCGUAAACUUCGCAAAGUUUGAUCCGGCAAAACUGGUGAAAUUUGAACUCAUUAACUCAACAAAUGUUGCCAUGACUCUUCACAGUGAGAUUGUUGAGUACGAUAGCUCACUGGACACAUUUUCUCAGAGUUUCCAUUUGAAGAAAAAUCCUGGAGAUGAACUACAGCUUUGCGUCGUUGCUUGUGUACACAUCGAUGGACAAAUUAGCAAGAGAGGAGCAUUCCAAUCUGUCAUAGUCAUGAAACCUUCCGGUGAAGAAGGUUUAAAUAGAUGCAUGGUGCAUUUCGUCGACGUAGCUGCAAUAAAGCUGGAAGAGCAAGCAUCGGACGUUCUUCGAGUGUGUCUUUGUUCGACAAAGAAGCAGAAGCUAUUGGAGGCUCUAGACGACCUCAAGAAAAAGCUGGGCACAGAUCUCGUGGAAACGAGACAAGAAGUAAGUAAGUCCCACCUUAAAAUACGCACUGUCAACACGGUAGAAACGGUUGUAAGCCUCCGCCUGGUGUACAAAUGGGGGUCUGAGGCAAUGUCCCUCGACAGCAAGGACUUCCUUACGUUGGCCGAUUCGUCAGCUGGUGGAACAUGCAUACCAGAAGUUCACCUUGUUGGUAAGAGUCAGUUAUUUGACUGCAUUAUAUCAAUGACUUUACCUACUGUUUGCGCAUCAAUAAGAUUUUACCCGUUUAAAUCAAUUAUUCUU